CAAAAGGCUCUCAUUUUCAAUCAGCUAUAAUAUCUCUUCUCCAACCACUCUCCUUGAGCCUUGAAGGGCAAAGAGCAUUUGUUUUAGAAGCACAAGUUUUGGUGCAUAUUAGUAUAUAAAGCAAACGCGUGAACCUGCAGAAAGAAGAAUACUCUGCUUCAACUCAACUCUCAACUUCAAUCGGUGUUUUGUUGAUGCAUGUCGUAAUGGAGAAUACUAUGUACAUUCAUGGGAAUGGAUAUAUAUAUACUCAGUCCUGAUGUUUACAAGUGGUUUUCUUGAUUCUGCUGCUUAUAAGCUUGGUGGGUUUUAUUAAUGGGUGAUGAAUAUCAUUGGCAAACGGUUCCACCCACGGUGGCUCCGUUGAAUUUAGAGAGGGAAGAACACUGGAGACGUUUUGACAACUCGGUGAAUGCGGUUUCUUUUGGGUUUGUAGCCACCGCGAUUCUCAUAUCAAUGUUCCUCGUUAUGGCUAUCUUUGAGAGGUUUCUCAGGCCAGCUUCAUUCUCCUCCAAUGGUGCAACCCCUAAUGAUCUUGAGUCUCAAGCUAUGUUCAAUGCCAAGCUUAAUUACCCUUCUCCCAAAAUGACAGUUUAUGCGAAUGAGGUAUCGGUUUUAAUGCCCGGUGAAGAAGCUCCUACUUUCAUUGCACAUCCUGCUCCGGUGCCGUGUCCGCCAGACCACACCUUGAAGCCUCUGCAUCAACUCAACCAAAGCGUUGGCGUGUCUUCAAGCUUAAGCUGAAGCUACAACUGAAGUAUGACAUGAAAACAAAGAACCAGGGUUUUUGUACAUUUGCAUUUGAGUUUAACUGAAAACUGUGUACGCAACAUUUUUUUUUCAUUUAAUGUCUAAUAUCUCAAUUUGUUAUCGUUUUAAA